AUGUUGAAGUUAGAGGAAUUUGCGCAUUUACAGUGGAUAUUGGAAGCGUUUUUACUGGCAUGUGUCGCCACUUAUGCCGUCGAAGCUCAAGGCGCUACCUGCGCAAACACAAGGUGCCAAAGCGGCUACCAAUGCGUACUAGUGGAGCCUGAGAACUGUGUUGGCUGCCCUAAUGUCCCUCGAUGCGUCCAACAAGAAUGCAACACCGGUUGUUACCUACCUUGCGGAUUCUAUCAGAGAUGUGUGCUAGUAGCUACUGGCUGUUGUCCAGUUGCUACAUGCCGUUCCCCAACCACGACCACUACUACUGUCCGGUAUCCAACCAUCACUACUACUACUCCUCGAUACCCGACGUAUACUACGACUCCACGAUACACCACUACCACCACCCGAUACACAUUGUUUCCACCAUUUACCUUUCCGCAAUUCACUCUUCCCCCGUUCUUCACUUUCAGACCAGGGACAGAAACGGCCACCGACGAUGUUCCCUUCCAAAAAAUAGAAGGCCGAAAAAGUGGUCCAAAAAGGCAAUGCAACGACACUGCAAAGCUGAAUACUACUGUUAUUCAACCUUAUGAAAAUGGAAACUACCACUUCUUUUAUCGUAAUGGUCAGAAUGUUCCCAAUGAUUGGAAGAAUGCCACGGAUCCCAGAAUUAGAUCUUUCGCUCUUCCCGGAAGAGAGACUAAACACAUUGCAGAUCACCGUCGUCUAUACUUUGGAGAAAUCUACAAUACAUCUGGCUACUACUUCUACGACGCUUACGCCUUUGCAGACUACUGCGUCCCUUUAGGCGACAAAUGCUUGGGUGUUAUAGAAAUCCAAGAGUACGUAAAAAAUGGUGAAUUCCUCUACACAAAGGCUGGAAGGAAAGGAUUGACAGAGUCCGAUAUGAAGCAGAUCUUCUACAUUGCAGGCACGCAAUAA